CGUAUGAUUGCGUAGAGAGAGAGAGAUAGCGCCGCACACCUCAUUCACAGCUCGUCCGAUGGGAACAUUGACUGUGUAAAGAAGAUGUGUGCUAUAUUAAAUAUUUUAAACAGCUGAAAACGAAUGCUGUUCGUAUUAACGGCAUCAUGCCAGGGCACUUACGAAUGGCAUUGUUUCUGUUCAAGAGUGUAGUGCCGGGACACAGAUGCCUGUAGAGCAGGAGAGCACAGGGCAGCGGGGUGGGCUGAGUGCCUCUCGUUCUUUUGUCGUGCCGUGGACUAAAUAAAUUAGAAAGUUGUGGAGCCUUGCAGAUGCGAAGCGGAGCGGCGAACUGUUGAAAGCGCAGACGGUUUCUUGGAGUCCAUACAUCGGGAAUGAUCCCGAAGAUGUGCAUUUUCUACAUUCAUGACGUUCGUCAUGUGGAUGUAAUCACGGGGUAGUCCUGCUCGCCAGACGCGCCAGAAUCACCUGGAAUACCUGGGACUCAUUAAGAUCACGCGACAGGGUACACAUGCUCUGAUAUUCCAACUUAAAUUAUUUACAAGUAAUUUAAUAUUUUUAACAAUAUCUCCACAUCGCUGAACUAAUGAUCGAUGGCAAAUCAGAAAAUGUCAAAUUGAUCUUUUUAUUGCCAAGUCGAAACCGGGUUUCAUUUGAAACAAAAUGACAUUUGAACCAUGAUGACUGACAGGACAUCAUAGAUUUUCUGACAGGAUCGGGAUGACAUUUGGCUAAUGUUUUAAGUGCAGCGGACGAUUUUGUGUUUGCCCCCUCUUGCGCUAAGCGUCUGCGCCACUCGACCUCUGCCUAACGACUCGGUUCGCCCGCGCGGGAGAUGGCCGCGAUCGCCAGCUCCCUGAUCCGCCAGAAGCGUCAGGCAAGGGAGUCAAACAGCGACCGAGUAUCCACUUCCAAACGCCGCCCCAGCCCCAGCAAAGACCCCCGCUCUCUUUGCGACCGGGUCUUCAGUAAAGUACGCUUCUGCAGCGGCAAGAAAAGACCUGUUCGGCGGCGACCAGAUGCGCCCUCGAAUCCUCCACAGGUGUCACGUAAGGGCGUCAGGCUAGAGCCACAGCUGAAAGGCAUUGUGACACGACUGUUCAGCCAGCAGGGCUUCUACCUGCAAAUGCAGCCCGACGGCACCAUCGAUGGCAGCAAGGACGAGAACAGUGACCACACCUUGUUUAACCUCAUUCCAGUGGGCCUGAGAGUGGUGGCCAUCCAGGGAGUAAAGGCCGGCUUCUACAUCGGCAUGAAUGGAGAAGGCUUCCUUUAUGGUUCAGAAAUGUUUACUCCGGAGUGUAAAUUCAAGGAGUCCGUGUUUGAGAACUACUACGUCAUCUACUCGUCCACCGUGUACCGGCAGCAGGAAUCGGGGCGGGCCUGGUUCCUGGGCCUCACCAAGGAGGGCCAGGUCAUGAAAGGCAACCGGGUCAAGAAGACCAAGCCCUCCUCCCACUUCUUGCCCAGACCAAUCGAAGUUUGCAUGUACAGGGAGCCGUCUAUGCAUGAGAUUGAAGAGAACCGUCGCUCCAGGAAAAGCUCAGGGACUCCUACCAUGAACGGCGGGAAAGCAGUGAACCAGGACUCCACAUAGCAGGGCUGGAGCGAGAGGGGUUCUCCCAGCGCCGCACAGAACCCCCCAGCCCCCCUCGCCCUGACGUCCUGCUGCCUCACCGCUAAGCGAAACCAAGACAAAUAAAAACAACCAACAAACAAACAAGCAAACAAACACAAAACUGACUUCUUGCCUGUGAAAUCUUUUAGACGAAUGCGAAGACAAAGGAAAGAAAUGGGGGGAGUUUUAAAAAAGUGACACGUUUUUGAUCCCAGACUUGAACACACAUUUUAUGCAAAAAAAGGAAUAAGACAGGAAACUAAAGAAAGCAUAGGUCUGACGGUGGAAGCUGUGUUUUCCUCACGGUGAUAGUAUUACUUAUCAUUUUUGGAUUUAUGCUGUGGAAAAGAAGCUUUAAGACAUUGCCAUGUGUUCAUUCUUCUGAAUGCUCCUGCACUCCCCCUCGCUCUGAUGUCUUCUACUGUUAUUACUGCUUCUCCUUGUCUGUUUCUA